AUGUUUCUUUUUGUAGCUAAUGAAACUAUAUUUAGGAAAUGCGUAGACCCUACAAAGCAAGGUGAACUGGACUGGACAAAGCGGUACAACAUUAUUAAAGGGAUUACUCGAGGGCUUCAAUAUCUUCAUUAUGAUUCACAUCCUACAAUCAUACACCGUGAUCUCAAAGCGAGUAACAUUCUCUUAGAUGCCGAUAUGAACCCCAAAAUUGCAGAUUUUGGCACAGCGAGGAGUUUUGGAGCUGACCAAAGUAAAGCCAACACAAAAACAAUCGUUGGAACAUAUGGUUAUAUGUCCCCAGAGUAUGCAAUGCGUGGCCACUUCUCUUUGAAAUCCGAUGUAUAUAGCUUUGGAAUAUUGGUUCUUGAGAUUGUAAGUGGCAAGAUGAAUAGCAGCUUCUACCAUAUUGAUGAUGCUGAUAGCAAUUUGGUCAUACAUGCUUGGAGGCUUUGGAGGAACGAGUCACCAUUAAGACUAGUGGAUCUGGCAAUGGGAGAAAGUUAUCAAAAUCAUGAAGCAUUUAGAUGCAUCCAUAUUGCAUUGUUAUGUAUUCAAGAAGAUCCUGUAGAUCGUCCAACGUUGCCAGCGAUCAUAUUGAUGCUCACUGAUAGCAUAACCACUUUACCUUUGCCUCGGACGCCUAGAUUUUGCCUCUCAAGCAUGGGUGAUUUUUCUUCCCAAUACACACACAAUUCUAUCAGUGAUGCUUGGAUUGGAGAUUCAGAUCUUCCUUAA